AUGUUGAAAGCUAGUAGUCUUAAGUUGCCUGAUACCUUGAGGGUUUUGAGAAAAGAAGUGGGUGGAUCCCCUAUGGUUGGUUUUACAGCUAGUGAUGCUUACAAUGCUUUAGCACGUGCAAAAGCUAAUAAACUUGAAGGUGAUGAUUGUCAUAAGUUAAUCAAGUAUUUUACUCAAAGAAAUUUCAGUGAAGUAGGUUUUUAUUAUGACUUUGAGCAUAGUGAAGAAGAUGGAAUUUUAAGUUUCUUUUGGAUUGAUGGUAGGAUGAAGAGAGAUUAUGAAUUUUUUGGGGAUUUAUUGGUUUUUUAUACUACUUAUAGGACGAAUAAAUAUGAUAUGAUUUGUGCUCCUUUUGUUGGUAUGAACCAUCAUGGUAAUAAUGUAAUUUAUAUCUUGAAGUACUGUGAAAUAGCUGGUGAAUUUGAAUAUCAUUGGCCAAGAGAGAUGUGGUGUCCUGCCUAUUCUAAGAACUAUUGGUCUGAUGUUGUUUUAUCAUCUCAACGGUGUGAAACUACGAACAAGUCAGUUUCUCAUCAACUUAAUAAGACACAAGGAUUAUGUGAUUUUUAUCAUGUCUUUAUGGAUGUUAUUUCUGAGUGGAAGAACAAAGAGAAUUGUCAUGAUUAUAGAAGUUGUAAAGGUAAUAUAGAACUUGCAGCUGUAAAUUCCGGACUUCUUCUUCAUGCUCGAAAGAUUUACACUAUAAAAGUAUAUGUGUUGUUUGAAGAACAAUUUCUUAAAAGGAUGGUCUGUUCUCAAGAAGAAAAACGUGGUAUUAUAUCCGUUGUGAAAAGUUAUUAUGUGUGGAGGCCUAAAAAAUACUUGAUUAAACAUGAAGUUCGAUUUAAUCAAGAGACUUUUGCUGUGGAAUGUAUUUGUCAGUUCUUUACUGAAAUGGGUUUCUUAUGUUCCCAUUCGCUAUGUGUUUAUCAUGUGCAUUGUGUCUUAGAGAUUCCCAAUCUUUAUAUAAUGAAGCGGUGGACAAAAGCUGCUUUGUGCAGUCAUGUAGUUGAAGAUGAUGAUGAAAAGUCCAAUAUAGUUGCAGCUUCUGUUUGGAGAGCUGUGGUGAAUAAUGUUAUUGACACUUUUGCAAGAAUUCUGAAUGAUGAUCCAGAUCAAAGUGUCAAGAUUAACUUGAAAUUCUAUUUCUCUACAAUUCCUUUCAAUAUGCUCUGCCAGAAUGAUCCGUAUGGUGGAUCACAGGAUAGCCAAGCAACCGAGGAGAAACGGUUGGAAAAUUUUAUUGCAAGUGCAAGGCAUGAGUAUGUAACCGCUGGUGUUAAGUCUUUAAAGGGAUUCCAUCUGUUGUUCUUUCCGGUGUGGUCUGGUGAAAAAGAACAUUUAAGAGAUGAAAAAGAACGUAAAACAAUUUCAAUAGAACAUGUUUAA